CUUCUUCCCUCCAUAACUAACUUUCUCUUUUUCUCUCUUCUCUCUCUCUUAAAUUGGAUCUCUCAGCAAUUCAAUUUCGCCAUUCUUAAUUUCUUUCUCUCUGUUCAAUGGCUACAAUUCUCAAUUCGCUUACUUUUCCUUCUUCUAAACUCCGGACGGUCCUCCAUCCUCCGCCAACGGUGGCCCCACCGAUCUCAAAUAUCUCCGCCGGCCGUUCCUUGCCGGAAUUCACUGGGUUGAAGAUCCAGUCAUCUUCAAAGAGAUCUUUAUCUUCGUUGAAUUCGAGGAAGCCUAGGGUUUCUCGCUGCGUUGGGGACAUCGUUUGCGAAGCUUCACAGACCGCUCUUGAUGUUCCUAUUGUGACUGAUGUGACAUGGAACUCACUGGUCCUCAAGGCUGAUGGCCCUGUGCUGGUCGAGUUCUUUGCGUCAUGGUGUGGGCCAUGCCGUAUAAUUCAUCCAGAGAUAUGUGAACUGUCAAAACAAUAUGAUGGGAAGCUGAAAUGCUUUAAACUCAACACUGAUGAAAGUCCAUCAAUUGCAACCCGAUAUGGGAUCCGAAGCAUCCCUACAAACGUGAUCUUUGUCAACGGGGAGAAGAAAGAUGCAGUUAUCGGUGCUGUGCCUAGAAGCACUCUGGCAGACAGCAUUGAGAAGUUCUUGUAGAUUUGGGUAAGUGAAUGUGCCUUCACAAGUUUUCGCUUUCUUUGAUGAUUCUUUGUGUUGUGAGAUUUGAUUCAUAGCCAAGCAAAUCUAUAACAGUUUUGUAUAGUCUUGGAAGCUUCAUUUACUAUGUUUGUAAGAUUUGCAUUGUGAUUUUUGUUCUUACACAGUUAAUUAUUUCUAAUAAGAAUGUUGGCUUGUCUUAAGAUUUGUGUGA